GUUUCACCGCUGACCACCCAUAUUUCGGACUAUUUUUAAUUUCCCAGUUCGUCUUCCGUGAUGUAGUAAUUCCCUUUGCAGCCACUAGCCUGAAGACGAAGGCAUCAUUAGGCUACGGAAAUCUCACACAUCGCAAAUUUUAAAAUAACUUGAGUAUCCAAGCUGAGAAAGUGCAAGUUCUGUUCACAGUAUAGAAACAAAUGGAAGAAGAGACAAUGUCAAAACUCCCAGUAAAGCGUGUACACAGAGCAAUCGAAGCUGACUCCAUUCACUUGGCCUUAGCGAUGUGGAUGGAAAUGUUCCCUGAUGACACUGAGGAACAGUGUUCAACGGCAAAUGGUAGGGAACAGUCGACGACAGCUGGUACAGGAACUCCCGCAACAACGCAACUAUUUCGUAAGGUUGGCUGUGUUCUGGUGGAAGGCAAUGGCCGCCUUCUUGCGAUUGAUCGCAGCCGUGACGGUGUUCAUGGAUUGGCCAGUUUGUUAGUGAAACAUCACGACAGAGCUAAGGAUUGCAGUGUCUUUAUUUCAAGAAAACCUUGUACCUACUGUUCUAAACUCUCCUUGAAGGCGGGCGUGAGAAAAGUGUCUUAUCCGCCGGUCGAACCCGAAUAUUACGAGGCAAGGAAGGAAGAGAAGCGGAUCAAGGCUCUCUUUGAUGCCGCCCAAAUCGUUCAAAAUGUUUUUUUCCCCCAGUUAAAGAAGGAAUUAGUAACCGCGGUCGAAGAAGAGUUAUCAGCUAAAGCAACAACUUUCAAUUAUGUUCGUGAGUUUGUUGAAAAGGUUUCUAAUAGAUUUUGGAAUGACGAAUACGCGAAGGGUGUCAUCGAGGGCCCCUUCCAUCAAGCAAAACACGAUCUCGAAAACCUUUCGAAAUGGUUUGCUCAAAUUUAUCUUCCUUUGAAACAUUCCAAGUUUGCACUGGCUGCCAAGCACAUAGCGAUUCCUUCAGAGAGAGCAACAAGCGCGUUUGAUCCAGAAAAUGAUUUACACCAACGACGAAUUGCAAAUCACUUGCUUGCUUUGGGAAGGAUGACCGUCCAGUACACCGUGGAACCGAAAACAGGGGUCGGCUGUGUCAUCAUGAAGGACAAUGAUAUAGUAGCAGUUGGCUGGAAUGAUUUUCCCCUUAAAACAAUCGAGGAAAGUUUUCAUUAUGCAACCGAUCGAGAAAGAGACGGAAAAUAUCCUUUCUUCAUUCACGCAGAGCAAAACGCUCUUCUCGCGCGUAACGCAAAAGAUGUCACGGGGACUGUCAUUUUUGUCACGAAAAUUCCCUGUCACGAAUGCACCCCUCUAGUGAAGGUUGCUGGGAUAGGAACAGUAGUGUUGUCAACACCACUUAAACCAGUUCAGGAAAAGUACAGCCUGAAUUACGACACUUUUCGAGAGGAGGUAGAGAGAGGAACCUUUAUAUGCUAUGAAACAUCUACAGAAAACGUAUCAUAG